AGUUAUAUACCACCGCAUUCGAGUAUCCACCGUAGUGACGAUAAAGGCGUGUAUCCACGUUCUGACUUCCAUAAAGCAUUAAAAUAAAUACAGUUUUUAAAGACUUCCUAUAUUUUGAUUGUAUACAAGAAUAAUAAAUUUCAGCAUUAUGGUAAGCUAUAAAUUGAAUGUGAAGUCAUUGCCUUCUUUCGUCGGCCGUUUGGCCACAUCAAAUGCAACGCUAAACACCCGAAGCCUUUCUUCGUUACGACAAGCCGAAGUCGAUGCUUUUCAUGAACAUAGUGGUCUGCAUAAAAUAAAUACAACUUCGAAAAAUCCUAUUGACAUUUUUAGUAAAUGGUAUAGCGAACACAUGGCAGCUAAUGGAUCCAUGACUUCUGCUAAAGCAUUUAGCUUGGCCACCGUUUCUAACACUGGAAAGGUAUCGUGUCGUAGUUUAAUAUUACGACGCUUGGAUGAAGACGGAUUUGUGAUGAUGACUGAUGGAAGAAGUAGAAAAUCAAAGGAUUUGGCGGAAAAUCCUCAGGCUUCCAUGCUGUUUUUGUGGUUAGACCAAACAUCAGAUAACUUGCCCCAGACCAGGCAGGUUCGCAUCGAAGGCACCGUCAACAAGCUGACCACAGACAACAUGAAAGAACUGUACGACAUUGAACCUCUGUUUUGUAAGAUCCGUGCGCAGAUCUGUGAACAAGGAAAGGUGGUAGAGUGGGAGCAACUAAAGCGCGACCAUGAUCAGUUGUUCGACAAAGUGUCCAAGUAUAAUGUCCAGCUCCCAAAGCCCGACCACGUUGUUGCAUAUAAACUCGUGCCCAACGUGAUUGAAUUUUAUGAAGCGAUUGGUCAGAAAAUCGGUGACAGACUGUUGUUCACCAAAGAUGGCAUUUCAUGGCAACCAAAACAUAUAGCUGCAUAAUAAUAGCAACACUUAUUUUAUUACAGGAAAUGAUUUUAAAAAAUGAUACGAGUGAAUCACGCACCAUGUUUGUUUAUUUUUUUGUACACUAUAGUUGAUCAUGAAAAAUUCAUUUUCUAAUGAUCCACAAUUUUUUUUUAAUUUGAAAAUAUUAUUCACUUUUUAAACGAAGUAAUUGUGUGUCAAACAUUAUUUAAAAUUCAAGAACAUAAUAUUGUUGUGCAGGUCAAAUAAUACAUUGUACAGCAGGCUUGACAGAUAAUAAUUUUCUCAAUAUGCAGAUUAUAAUUUACAUGUACCUACCUAUACUAUUAGACAUUAGUAUAUGGUAGGUUGUUUUUAGUUUAAUAUAUAGUCACGCUAUCCUAAUACACCACCGCCGCACCUAUGAAUAGGUACGCAACAUAUUAUUAUAGGUAAAAAUGAACAUUGCCAAUAAAAUGUCGUUUUUUAAUAAAUAAUUAAAUAUUACGAAUACUUAUAGUGUAUUUACGCGUAUUACGUGUUUAUGUUCAAUCAAGAGAAAAUAAUUUUAACAUACUUCAGAUAGGUACUGUAAUAAUAAUAAAAUAAUAUUGUAAACAGCACUCAGCUGCACUAUAGA